GGAAAGAGCUUUGGUCAGAAACAUACGCUUAAACAGCACCAACGAACUCACACAGGGGUAAAACUAUUUCAAUGCAAUGAGUGUGGAAAGUCAUUCGGCUGGAAAUCAAACCUUACUGCACACCAGCGAACUCACACAGGGGAGAAGCCUUUUAAAUGCAUGGAAUGCGGAAAGUGCUUCAGCGAAGGUAGAGACCUUUCAAGACAUCUACAAACACACACAAGGGAGAAACCCUUUAAAUGUAUGGUGUGUGGGAAAUGCUUCAGUGAUGAAGGAAACCUUGCAGGACAUCAAGGAACUCACACAGGGGAGAAGGCAUGGCAGUGUAUGGAGUGUGGAAAGUCGUUCAGCCUGAAAUCACACCUUACUACACACCAGCGAACUCACACAGGGGAGAGACCCUUUAAAUGCAUGGAGUGCGGAAACUGCUUCAAAGAAAAUGCAAAGCUUAAGAUACAUCAACGAACUCACACAGGGGAGAAACCAUUUAAAUGUAUGGAAUGCGGAAAGGGCUUUAAUCAGAGUGGACACCUUACUAUACAUCAACGUAUUCAUACAGGGGAGAAACCAUUGAAAUGUAUGGAGUGUGGGAAGAGCUUCCGAGAAGGUUCAGCAUUUCGUGUGCAUCAACAGACUCACACAGGAGAGAAACCAUUUAAAUGUAUUGAGUGUGGAAAGAGCUUCAUUCACAGUGGAACACUUAGAAUUCAUCAACGGACUCACACGGGGGAGAAACCAUUUAAAUGCAUGGAGUGUGGAAAGAGCUUCACUGAAAGAGGAAAACUUGCAAUUCAUCAACGGACUCACACGGGGGAGAAACCAUUUAAAUGCAUGAAGUGUGGAAAGCACUUUCGUGAGAAUGGAGACCUUAGAAUUCAUCAACGGACUCACACAGGGGAGAAACCAUUUAAAUGUAUGGAGUGUGGAAAGAGCUUCAUUCGCAGUGGAGACCUUAGAAUUCAUCAACGGACUCACACUGGGGAGAAACCAUUUAAAUGCAUGGAGUGUGGAAAGAGCUUCACUGCGAGUGGAACACUUAGAAUUCAUCAACGGACUCACACAGGGGAGAAACCAUUUAAAUGCAUGGAGUGUGGAAAGCGCUUUCGUCAGAGUGGAGACCUUAGAAAACAUCAACGGACUCACACAAGGGAGAAACCAUUUAAAUGCAUGGAGUGUGGAAAGAGCUUCACACGGAGUGGAUACCUUAGAAUUCAUCAACGGACUCACACAGGGGAGAAAUCAUUUAAAUGCAUGGAGUGUGGAAAGAGCUUCAUUGAGAGUAGACAGCUUAGAAUUCAUCAACGGACUCACACAGGGGAGAAACCAUUUAAAUGCAUGGAAUGUGGAAAGCACUUCACUUAUAGUGGAGACUUUAGAAUUCAUCAACGGACUCACACGGGGGAGAAACCAUUUAAAUGCAUGGAGUGUGGAAAAUGCUUCAAUAGGAGUGGAAAGCUGAGUUUACAUCAACGGACUCACACAGGUGAGAAACCAUUUAAAUGCAUGGAAUGUGGAAAGAGCUACAGUGAGAGUGGACACCUUAGAAUUCAUCAACGGACUCACACAGGGGAGAAACCAUUUAAAUGCAUGGAGUGUGGAAAGAGCUACAGUCAGAGUGGACACCUUAGAAUUCAUCAACGGAUUCACACAGGUGAGAAACCAUUUAAAUGUAUGGAGUGUGGAAAGAGCUUCAUUGACAGUAGAACACUUAGAAUUCAUGAACGGACUCACACAGCGGAGAAACCAUUUAAAUGCAUGGAGUGUGGAAAGUGCUACAGUCAGAUUGGAGCACUAAGAAAACAUCAUCAGACUCACACAGGAGAGAAACCAUUUAAAUGCAUGUGUGGCGAUCACACAGGGUCCCCGGUCGUCCCACGGACACUCUCCGUGGGCUUGAUCCGGCCCAUGACCGGAUAA